GUGGAAGGAUAAAAUUUCAAAAUGGCUUCCUUUGAAGAUUGUAUUAACUUUUGUAAGAUUGAAAGUGGCUUAUUCUCAUCGUUAGAUAUAAUUUUAAAAGAGAAGCAGUUGGAAACAUUAAAGGCGUUGUAUUUUAACAAAGACUGCAUUUCAGUGUUACCGACUGGCUAUGGUAAAAGCCUGAUCUUCCAGAUUUUACCUUGGUUUUUUCAAAAGAAACUUAAUAGACUACAACCAAUGACCGUUCUGGUUGCAUCACCUCUGAAUUCUCUAAUGCAAGAUCAGGUACUCAGUCUUCGAAAAAAAGGAAUAAAAGCAUGCAGCUUAAACAUCUCAGGCACCAAAGGAAUAACCUUUGAAGAAGAUGAUGACACUGAAAAUGAAUUGGAAACAGAUGUGCCAUUUGAACAACUACAAAAAGGAGAGUACCAAAUCCUAUAUGUGCAUCCAGAAACUUUUUCAAAUAAGAAAUUUGGGAAGUUAAUGAGAUCAGAAGCCUACCAGACCAAUGUUUGCUGCAUAGUAAUUGAUGAAGUUCACAUGAUUUCAGAGUGGGGUGAAAGUUUUAGACCAGAAUUUAUGAAGUUGGGUGAGUUAACAUGCCUUUUUGAAACAGCAGGGCAUCUUGCUCUUACAGCAACAGCUACACCAAAGGCACUCAAGGAAUUGGAAGUUAUAUUGAACUAUAGGGAAACAACUCUGAUUAUUAGUAAUCCGGAUCGUCCCAAUAUAUUUUUGGAGGUAAGGAGAAGACUCCCAAAUAUCAGGAAAGUUGACAAGUUGGAUGAACUGAUUAAACCUAUAGCGGAACAAUUAUAUGAGCAGCAAAGUGAUUUUCCAUUAACUGUAAUCUAUGUGGAAAAUUUGGAGAGUCUUGGGUACUAUUUCCGCUAUUUGGAGUAUGAACUGAAGGAAAAGGGAUACCAUGGAGAAAACAUUACUGAAAAUAGAAUGUUUGCUCAAUAUCACUCUGACUAUCCAGAGACUAUGAAGCAACAUAUUGUGAAGGACCUUUGCCAGAGUAAGCCUAUAUUAAGACUGGUACUAGCAACAGUUGCCCUGGGCAUGGGACUAAAUGCACCAUCUAUAAGGAGAAUUAUUCAUUGCCGACCACCUACAACAUUAGAGAAAUACAUGCAGGAAAUAGGACGAGCUGGUCGAAAUGGUGACAAUGCUGAAGCUAUUAUGUAUUUUAACAAUAGUGACUUAUCAAAAGCACGUGCAGGGUUGACCAGUUCUGUAAUUGAAUAUUGUAAAAAUGAAAAUAACUGCUUCAGGAAACUAUUGGUAAAAUAUUUUGGAUUUGAUGAUGUAUUAUAUGCUGGUGACAAGAAAAGAUGUUGUUCAUUCUGUAGCUUAAGCAAUUAAGUUAGA